GAGUCAGAGAGAGAGAGAGAGAGAGAGUUCGAAGUGUUUUUCGAGCGGUGUAUAAGGUAGCCUUGGCAAUACGUACUUAUGUGUAUAGCACGCACAAACAGUCACGCUAGUCUAACGACAAUCGAAUAGCUUGAACAUAUCUGUGGUUCGUUCGUUGCAUUUUAGACAUGGAAGUGAAUAAGGAAUUGAACGAUCAAGAUUUGAAGUUAGAACUGGUGCAAGUAAUUUUUAGACACGGAGCUCGAACUCCGGUUCGCGAAGAAUUGGACGUGUACAAGUUCAACGACGUGCCCGCGUACGAACCAUGGGGCGUCGGACAAUUGACCAAUGAUGGAAAGAGGCAGGAAUACCAUUUCGGUUCAUUUUUGAGGGAGCGAUAUGGAAACUUCCUAAGCGAGUAUUACCAAUCCGACGAUGUUUACGCUUAUUCGACUGACGUUCACCGUACGAAAAUGUCUUUGCAAUUGGUACUUGCUGGGCUUUAUCCACCGGUAGGUCAUGCUGUUUGGAAUCCCGAUUUAAAAUGGUCACCUAUACCUUAUGUUCAUGCGCCAGCGGUAUUGGACAUUUUUAUGAAAUACCACGAUAAUCCGAGAUUCCAGAAGCUUCGAUAUCAGGCCUGUCGGACGGAAGAGUUCCGCAAAAAAAUUGCCGAGUACGAUGAUUUUCUGGCGUUUUUGUCCGAACAAACAAACGUCAAUUUUGACGAUGAUUUUUUAAACGUUGCCUUUUUAUACGGCGUCAUCGUCGCCGAUGAACGAAUGAAUCUACCAUUACCAGAUUGGUACAAGCCGGAAAUGAAGGAAAAGUUUAGGCAACUGAUGGGGUUUGUGUUUGAUGGAUUUGCAUUCACAUUGGAAAUGAAAAAACUUGGCGCAGGACCACUGAUCAAGACAAUCAUUGAAAAUAUGAAUUUAAAAGGAAGCAACAUAAAUCCGAGAAAAAUUUAUUUGUACAGCGGUCAUGAUUUUAAUAUAGCAUUGAUCACAAGAUCGCAUAAUAUUGAAGAUUAUAGGUAUCCAGAGUUUGGCUGUGGCUUGAUUUUUGAAAAAUUACGCGAUUGCAGUAAUCAAGUUUAUGUGAGACUUUUGGCUUGGACAGGAUCUGGUACGCUAAUACCAUUGAAACUUGGUAAUCACAAAGAAUUCUGUCCCAUCGAUGACUACUUGAAAUUAGUCGAACCUAUCAUACCAUCGGAUAAUGAGAUAGAUGAGAUGUUAGAAGAUGUCAGUAUUAGGAAAUUCCGAAAUAUAUUUUUCAAUGAUCAUGUGGUCAAACCAUUACAUAAUAAAUUAUAAAAGAUUCAGUGUAUUGAUUAAAGGAAUGCCUCUUUUUAUCAAACUAAUAUUUAACUUAUGUACUUACGAAAUAUGUCGUAAGUACAUACCCAAACGCAAUCUGUCUGUGUGAAAGAAGACAUUUGUUUUGUCACACAAAAUCAGGCCAAUAUUUAACAUGGAAGUGAAUACGUCAGAAACAACAAAAAUUUUGAAUAAUCCAACAAUAAGUUUUUCGUCGUUCCACGCGCGAGGACUUGAUUUACGUAGGCUCCAAAAAGCAAGCACAAUUCAAAUCUUAGUAUCGGACACGUUGUGUAGAAAAAUCAAGUUAGAUACAUAUGCGAGAAAGUGAUUUCACCCUCACUUUUCUCGGAUGCAAAUAUCCACACGACGCUUAGAUCACGUGUACUCAUUUACUGUAUGGGUUAUCAUUAUGUUAACACGUAAUUAAAAAAAAUACAUUUUUGAUUUUGAGAUUGUUGAACUAGAUGAAUUCAUAAAUUAAGUUUUAUGAUAAUGAUUGGUGUAAUCUGACAGGUGAAUGGAUAUAAAUAAUCCCACGCAUUAAUUAUUUAUUGAUAAAUGGUCAUCGUUUGAUUCUGCAGUUAGUUAUCCGUAGCCUGCCGGUUGAAGACCAAUCAAAGAUACAAUGCGUGUCAGAUAAAAUUUCGUUCUUCAUAAACGAAACAACAUGCUUCCAAUGUAGAUUCAUUCAUCUGUCUCGGAAAAAUAAUAAUUUUCUAGAGAGUAUCUCAUUUGUGUAAUACAUUUCAUUGAUUUAAUUGCAGCCAUCAAUCCGAAUUAUACGAUAAUACAUUAUAACUUAUGCAAGUAGUAAGUGGGAAUUGAGAUAUUAAUAUUCAUAUUUGUAAAUCCUCUGGUUGAUGCAGCGCGUUUAAAAUCAAUUAUUACACCUUAUAAAAAUACUAACAAAGAUAGACUUAUCGUUUAUCUCAUCUUUGAAAAUACAGCUAGAUUUGUUUCUUAGAGAUGCCGAUUCUACAGCUGUUUAAAUUAUAUUUAUUUAACGCAAAAUUUUUCCAAUUCAACAGAGAAUAUAAAGGUCUCUAUUGAAUUUCUGAAUUCAUUAGAAAAGAUGAUACUAUUGAACAUGUAAGCUUCCUAUAGGAAAUACAUUUGCAAAAUAAUGCUCAAAAUAUUUUAUAUAAAAUAUUUCUCCAGGAAUAAAUAACUUUGAAAUUAUAUUUAAGAUGACCGUUUGCUCAUUAUUAACAAAUGAUGAAAUGUACGAUCAUAUGUAAAAUAUAUUUUAUGCCAAUUAAUCUUUUGUGAAUUUUUCUGUAGAAAGUAUUUUAUUUUAUUUUUUCUGUAGGAAGUAUUUUAUUUUUCGUGUGUA